AUGCCUCGAAAGAAACACAAUACCAAACCAAAAGCCAAAGCUCCCCCAACCACAUCUACCCAACCACCCACAUACGGAUGGCGAGCCAAAUUCCUCCAUUUCAAAGACCUUCCUACAGAACUACGAGAACAAGUAUGGGAGUAUCUUGUUCCACCCCCUCGUCUUGUGAUGCAAAAUCUUUACUCACUAUCAGGCGGCCGCAUGGCAUGGCAAUUUGGAUCCAACGUCGACAAAUCCUCUUCAUUAUGCUCAAUUCUUUUAUGUCUGCAGAGAAUCAUACUAUGUGGCAAAACGUAUCGAUCCAAGCUACGGAUUCGUAA